CGAGAGGGCUGGGCUGUCAGCAGCAGGGAGAGCAGGCAGGGACACUGGCACCUCCUGGGACUGGACUCUUCCCCCACCAGCUGCAGCCGUCCCAGCCAGACACCACCAAGGAAAAAUCACGACCAUGAGAAUUGCGGUGAUUUGCUUUUGCCUCUUAGGCAUUGCCUACGCCCUACCCGUUAAACUGGGUGAUUCAGGCAGCUCUGAGGAAAAACAGAUUUACAACAAACACCCAGAUGCUGUGGCCACGUGGCUCAAGCCUGACCCAUCUCAGAAGCAGAACCUCUUAGCACCACAGAACGCCGUGUCCUCUGAAGAAUCUGACAACUUUGAACAAGAGACCCUUCCAAGUAAAUCCAAUGAGAGCCAUGACCACAAGGACUACCUGGAUGAUGAAGAUGAUGAAGAUGACGAAGAUGAUGACCAAGCGGACAGCCAUGACUCCAAGGAUGCCGACCAUCCUGACGAUUCUCAUCAUUCCGACGAGUCUCACCAUUCUGAUGAAUCCGAUGAGGUAGUCACUGGUUUCCCCACUGACACUCCCAUAACCUCAGUUUUCACUCCUCCUGUCCCCACCGAAGACACAUACGAUGGCCGAGGUGACAGCGUGGCUUAUGGACUGAGGUCAAAAUCCAAGAAGAUCCGCAGCCGUGACGUCCAGUUUCCAGACUCUACAGAGGAGGAUCUCACCUCGCAGAUGGAAAGUGGCAAGUCCGUCCCCGUUGCCCAGGGCCUGAAUGUGCCUUUUGUUUGGGAAAGCCUUGGGAAGGACAGUCAUGAAACAAGUCAGAUGGAUGACCCAAGUGUGGAAACCCACAGCCAUGAGCAAUCCAGAUUACAUAAGCAGAAGGCCGAUGAUGACAGCAAUGAGCCUUCCGACGUGAUCAAUAGUCAGGCACGUUCCCAAAGCCAUGAAUUCCAAAGUCAUGAAUUUCAUAGCCGGGAAGACAGGCAAGUCCCAGACCCUCAAAGUAAGGAAGAAGAUAAACACCUGAAAUUUCGCGUUUCUCAUGAAUUAGAUAGUGCAUCUUCUGAAGUCAAUUAAAAGGAGAGAAAAAUACAAUUUCUUACUUUGCUUUGAGUAAAAAGAAAAAAAAUGCAUUAUUGCAGGAUGACAGAACAUGAAAUGCUUCUUUCUCAGUUUUGUGGGUGAAUGUAUACGCAUAUGACCCGGGAAAUAAAUGUGCUUGAUCAUUAGUUUAGUUUGUGGCUUCGUGGUAACAUCCUUGUAAACUAAAAGCUUCAGGGUUUUGUCUAUGUUCUUUCCAUAGAAGAAAUGCAAACUAUCACUGCAUUUUAACGUUUGUUAUUCUUUUAUGCAUAGAAAUUUAUAUAGAGGCAAACAAAAUACUUUUACACAAGAGAUUAUAACAUUGUAUCUCACUAAAGUCUUUUGUUUUUUAAAUUAGUGUAUAUUUUGUUGUGAUUAUCUUGGUCGGUGUGAAUAAAUCUUAUAUGGUGAAUGUACUAAGAUUGUGGUCAUGUCAAUUGCUUUUCUUUCCUCCCUUCCCCCCAACCCCUAAGUGGAACCAGAAUCAACUGCUUUUCUUAUUUGGUUUUCCACAAUUGUCCAGUAAUUAAUAAAAUGUAAUCUUUUUUUACUGCC